AUGUCUGAUCAGGAUGACCAUGACUAUCUCGUCAGCAGUCUCUGCGACUUAACCGGUGUUUCGGCACAGCAGGCAGAAGAGUAUCUGGCCGCCAGUGGAUGGAAUAUCGACAAUGCUGCUGCCGCACUCUUCGCCGAUCAGGACGAGGCGGAAGGGGCAGGGGCCGCCUCCUCAGUGCCUACUUCCCAACCCACCGUCGAGCCUGCAUAUACCGGACCCCGAACUCUUGACGGCCGACCAGCACCCCAAUAUGCUUCUUCCUCCUCCAGCUCCGCCCCGAAGAGGCCGAAGAAGAAAACGGGCCUUGCUACUUUGAGUUCGCUGGGAAGCAGUCAUGAUCACGAUGAAGACGAAGACGACGACGACGACGAUGAUGAGGGGCGUCGCCCUCGUGAUCUUUUUGCAGGAGGCGAGAAGUCGGGUUUGGCAGUGCAGGAUCCAGCCCGGGGAUCUUCUGACCCGAAGAAGCUGAUCGACGACAUCAUUUCCAAGGCGAAGGCCAACGCCAACGUCAAGCGACCCGGUAACGAGCCCGCCGCCCCUGCCGGCCCUUCGAGUUCUCGCUUCCGCGGAUCGGGCCAGACUCUCGGAGGCGAUGGCGUCGAGAGCCAGAUAAUCCCCGAUCCCUUUGGCAACCCAAUCCCCACAGCGCGUAACGAUGCCGCGCCUCAGGAGCGGGUUCUACAUCUUUGGGCCGACGGCUUCAGCAUCGACGAUGGCGAGCUCCACCGAUUUGACGAUCCUGAGAAUGCGGCCGACUUGGAACUGAUUCGGCAGGGGCGGGCUCCACUCCACCUCAUGAAUGUCAGUUAUGAUCAGCCAGUUGACGUCAAGCUUCAACAACAUCAAGAGGACUACCGCCGUUUGCCUCGGGUGUAUCGUCCCUUCGGUGGUGAGGGACGCCGACUUGGGAGCCCGGUGCCUGGUGAUGGAAACACCGCACCCGCCCCCGCCCCAACUUCAGCAGCGGCACCUGCUAGCGGAUCAAACGAACAACCUUGGACGGGCGUUGAUGAGUCGCAGCCCACCCUCAUGCUCCGAAUCCAGAUGCCCGAUGGCACGAGACUGCCGGCACGGUUCAACACGACAAACACCGUUGACGAUGUGUAUCAAUACGUCCAGCGUACCUCCUCCGCUACGAAAUCGCGACCCUGGGUCCUGGCUACUACCUUCCCCAACAAGGAACACACUGACAAAAGCCUUGUGCUCGGGGAGAUGCCCGAGUUUAAGAAGGGCGGGACGGCCGUGGUUAAGUGGGCUUAG